GAGUGCGCGCAUCUCGGCGUGAGCAUCCAGUGAGCAGCCGCCGACAUGGACCCGGAAGCGGUGGAAGCAUAGCGGCGUGUUUACACCGAGAGGAGGCUGUGUUUGCUUUUCUCUUCAAACAUUGGAAGCAUUUUAAACAAAAUAAGUGUACAUUUGAGUCAUUUAGUGUGUUUGUCCUUCAUCAUCAUGGCGAGUGAUUCUCCUGCUCGAAGUCUGGAUGAAAUAGACUUGACUGCUCUGAGGGAUCCUGCUGGCAUCUUUGAGCUGGUGGAGCUGGUGGGGAAUGGCACCUACGGCCAAGUGUACAAGGGUCGCCAUGUUAAGACGGGGCAACUGGCAGCCAUCAAGGUCAUGGAUGUCACUGGGGACGAAGAAGAGGAGAUUAAAGCGGAAAUCAACAUGCUGAAGAAGUACAGCCAUCACCGCAACAUCGCCACCUACUACGGAGCGUUCAUCAAGAAGAAUCCUCCUGGAAUUGAUGACCAACUCUGGUUGGUGAUGGAGUUCUGCGGUGCAGGUUCUGUCACAGACCUGAUCAAGAACACCAAAGGCAACUCUCUGAAAGAAGAAUGGACAGCUUACAUCUGCAGAGAGAUUCUCAGGGGCCUGACUCACCUCCAUCAGCACAAAGUCAUCCAUCGAGACAUCAAGGGACAAAACGUCCUGCUGACGGAGAACGCCGAGGUCAAACUAGUGGACUUUGGUGUGUCUGCUCAGCUGGACCGGACAGUGGGAAGGCGGAACACCUUCAUCGGGACGCCAUAUUGGAUGGCGCCUGAGGUGAUUGCCUGCGACGAGAACCCCGAGGCCACAUACGACUUCAAGAGCGACUUAUGGUCCCUGGGAAUCACGGCCAUAGAGAUGGCAGAAGGAGCGCCACCGCUGUGUGACAUGCACCCCAUGAGGGCCCUCUUCCUCAUCCCUCGAAACCCUGCACCAAGACUCAAGUCCAAGAAAUGGUCCAAGAAGUUCCAGUUGUUCAUAGAAAGCUGCCUGGUGAAGAGUCACGGUCAGAGGCCGAGCACGGAGCAGCUGCUCAAGCAUCCUUUCAUCCGAGAGAUGGCCAACGAGAGGCAGGUGCGCAUCCAGCUCAAAGACCACAUCGACCGCACCAAGAAGAAGAGAGGAGAGCGUGACGAGACUGAGUACGAGUACAGCGGCAGCGAAGAAGAGGACGACGAAAGAGACACGGGUGAGCCCAGCUCCAUCAUCAACAUCCCCGGGGAGUCCACCCUGCGCAGAGACUUCCUGCGCCUGCAGCUGGCCAAUAAGGAGAGAUCGGAGGCGCAGCGAAGGCAGCAGCUGGAGCAGCAGCAGAACGAGGAGCACAAGCGCCUCCUGCUGGCCGAGAGACAGAAACGCAUCGAGGAGCAGAAGGAGCAGCGGCGGCGGCUGGAGGAACAGCAGCAGCGAGAGCGUGAGCUGAGGAAACAACGUGAGAGAGAGCAGAGGAGACGAUACGAGGAAAUGGAGCAGCUCCGCCGAGAGGAGGAGAGGAGACACGCUGAGAGAGAGCAGGAGUUUAUCCGUAGGCAGCUGGAAGAGGAGCAGAGGCAGUUAGAGAUCCUCCAGCAGCAGCUUCUACAGGAGCAGGCCUUACUGCUGGAGUACAAGCGUAAGCAGGUGGAGGAGCAGCGGCAGGCCGAGCGACUGCAGAGGCAGCUCCAUCAGGAGAGAGCCUACCUGGUGUCCCUGCAGGCGGACAAGAAACAACUUUAUCACUACAAGGAAGUCAUCAAUCCCGCCGAUAAACCAGCCUGGGCUAAAGAGGUGGCGAAGCAACAACCGGUUAACCCGCCCCGCUCUAACCUGCGCCAUCACCAGUCGUUCAAGCAGCCGUCACCCCCGGCCUCCCACGGCCAACCCCGAGCUCAGAUCCCAAAACGCACCCCGUCCGUGGGCGCCCAGAUCCUCUCCAACCACCUGCCCCAAAUCCGACUCGCGCUAGAACCCGGGGAGCCCCUUGACCCGGGGCUAAAGCAGGAGAUAAGCCAGCAGGUUAGAGAGCUGAGAGCUCAGAGACGUAGUCAGAGGAAGGAUAGUAAGAAAGAACCUUCUAGUCACAUUCCCAUUAGACAGCCGAGUCCUGCUGCCAACCCUCAGCUUGUGGAGAAAGCAGAGCAUCAGAAAGAGAAGUCCAGAGGCAGGCCUCUUUCUGCGCCCAAUCAUGCCCAAGGCCUUUUGUCUUCAGACCCCCAGGUUGUUAGUAAGGCGCCUGCACAGGUCCACAAACUGGUAGAGGAGAGGUCUAAGCUGAACAGACAGAGUUCUCCAGCACUGCAGCCCAAGUCUUCCAAUCGCAUCUCUGACCCUUCCCUCCCUCCCCGCUCAGAGUCCUUCAGCAGUGGGGGCAUGCAGCCUGCCCCAACCCCACCUGUCCACCGUCCCACUGAACCACAGAUGGCCCACUUGAUCCCUGUCAAGACCCAAGCCGGCUCCAUGUCCGGGUCACAGUCUCUGCAGGACCAAACGGCUUCCACACAGAGCGAGGGCGGGGGCUCGCCCAGGCCCGAUAUUCCCCGGCAAAACUCCGACCCGACAUCCGACACGCAAACAUCGGCGCUGGGCGUGACUGUGAGGGAGGAGCGUGGUGGUGCAGAAGUCACUGCGAGGGAGGAGCGUGGUGGUGCAGAAAGGGACAGAACGGCCCGGCUGAGAGAGGAAGACCUCCCGCCCAAAAUCCCACAAAGGAACACGUCCAUCUCCCCAGCCAUGGUCAGGAAGAACUCCCCUAAUGGAGGAGUCGGUCCAGGUCCUCGCACAGGUUCUCCAUUCACACGAGCAAGUAACCCAGACCUGCGACGCUCCGAGCUCUCUCUGGACGCCAUGUUGCAAAGAACCUCCUCCAACUCGUCUUCUUCUUCCUCGCCAUCGUCCCAGGGAGGCUCGGUGGAGAGGAGAGGUCUCAACAGACUAGAAGGUUCCUCCUCGGGAGCCAAUCAGGAGGCAAAGUCCAAACAGGAGGAGAUCCGGGAAUCUACCAGACCGAGCCGACCUGCGGACCUCAGCGCUCUGGCCAAGGAACUAAGAGAACUGAGGGUGGAGGAGGGGAGUCGUCCUCCAGUCAAGGUGACGGACUACUCGUCGUCCAGCGAGGAGUCAGAGAGCAGCGACGACGACGGGGAGACGGUGGGACAGGACGGCACCGUCGCCGUUAGCGACAUCCCCCGCAUCAUGCCAGCUGUGCAGAGCAGCGGCGAGUCCUACAGAGGCCUGAGCGAGGACUCCCUGGGGGACGCCUACAGUAACUCCAAGGACAGCACCCUGGUGGUGAGAGAGGCCGACGAGAAGAGAAGGAGAGGCAGCCACGCCGAGAGCAACGGUUUCGCCCAUCACGGUAACCACGGCAACCUCCCUGACCUGCUGCAACAGAGCAACUCCCCCACCGCCACGCCCUCGGCCCUGCAGGAGCUGGGUGACAUGCCCCAGUUUGGUUUAGGCGGCUCCAAAGCAUCCUUCACCCCGUUUGUGGACCCCCGUGUCUACCAAACAUCCCCCAGCGAUGACAAUGACAACUCAGCUGCAGCUAUGUUUGCCAACGAGCUCUUGAGGCAGGAACAGGCUCGACUAAACGAAGCCAGGAAGAUCUCAGUCGUCAACGUCAACCCCACCAACAUCCGACCACACAGCGACACGCCCGAGAUACGGAAGUACAAGAAGCGCUUCAACUCGGAGAUCCUCUGCGCCGCUCUCUGGGGCGUCAACCUGCUGGUGGGCACGGAGAACGGUCUCAUGCUGCUGGACCGCAGCGGCCAAGGCAAAGUUUACAACCUGAUCACCAGGCGUCGUUUCCUGCAGAUGGACGUGCUGGAGGGGCUCAACGUGCUGGUCACCAUAUCUGGCAAGAAGAACAAGCUGCGUGUUUACUACUUGUCGUGGCUGAGGAACAGAAUACUGCACAACGACCCAGAAGUGGAGAAGAAGCAAGGCUGGAUCACAGUGGGGGAGCUGGAGGGCUGUGUUCAUUACAAAGUUGUCAAGUAUGAGAGGAUCAAGUUCCUGGUGAUUGCUCUUAAGAACUCAGUGGAAAUCUACGCCUGGGCGCCCAAACCCUACCACAAGUUUAUGGCCUUCAAGUCCUUCGCCGAGCUGCAGCAUCGGCCUCAACUGGUGGAUCUGACCGUGGAGGAAGGUCAGAGGCUGAAGGUCAUCUACGGCUCCAGCGUGGGCUUCCACGUCAUCGACGUGGACUCGGGCAACCCGUACGACAUCUACAUCCCGUCACACUGCGCCAACGACACCAAGAUCCAGAGCCAGGUGACGCCGCACGCCAUCGUGGUGCUGCCCAAAACGGACGGCAUGGAGAUGCUGCUGUGCUACGAGGACGAGGGCGUCUACGUCAACACCUACGGACGCAUCACCAAGGAUGUGGUGCUGCAGUGGGGCGAGAUGCCCACCUCAGUUGCCUACAUCCACUCCAAUCAAAUCAUGGGCUGGGGAGAGAAAGCCAUCGAGAUCCGCUCCGUGGAGACGGGUCACUUGGACGGCGUCUUCAUGCACAAGAGGGCUCAGAGGCUCAAGUUCCUGUGUGAGCGCAACGACAAGGUCUUCUUUGCGUCGGUGCGAUCAGGAGGCAGCAGCCAAGUCUUCUUCAUGACCCUCAACCGGAGCUCCAUGAUGAACUGGUGAUGGCUCCGCCCCCGUCGUCCACUCGCCACCCUGGGCGACCAAUAACGUGAAGCUUGAAAAAGGGGAAGCGGGGAAUGAAGGUUGAAUACAAAACAGUCAUUUGGGCGCCGCCCUCUUCCCCCUUUUUCACCCUUCUUGAUAUUCUUCCUCCUUCGCCGCUCUUCUUCCUCCUCCCGAGCGGCGUAUGCAACACACCUUUAAGAAGAUGUCCCCCUUCUUCUUUUUCCUCCCUCAAAAGGUGCUGCGUUUGACUUCUUGUCGCCCCCCCAUGGCCAACUACUGUACAGCAGCUGUCCUUGAGGGUCCUUUUUACGUCCAAUCAUGACACACAAAAUAUUUGG